AUGUUGACAGACGAGAAUCCUACCAGACCAGCAAGCCUCCGGUCUUACUUCAGGGCCGCGAACGGAAUGAACGACGGCGAGACAACAUCAUCGACCCGUUCCGCUCUGAAUGCGCGGAAUGCCUACAAUCUUCGCCCUCCACAGUACGUCCCGUCCUUUGUCCACGGAAGAGAUGCCACCCCUGCUCACAUCGAUGGGAGAAUAGCUACACGGACUCUCCGACAAAUCAGCGGUGGCUUUUGGACUGUCGGAGGUCCUUUGUCUCUUCAGCUUAGCCAGUUGCAGGGCAUCCCUUCUGGUUCGGGCCGCCUGCUGGCCAGUGGUACCACCGCUCCACUGCAUACAGCCUCAUUUCUGGACGAGGCUACUCAUGACGACAAGGUUGUCGCUCAUGAACGCCGCCUUGCACUCGCCCUCGACAUCGAUCAGGCAAGCCGAGUUCUGAUGCACAAUAUUAUGCCCGGCCAGGCACUAACUCACCAACACAGUCCGUUCGUCUGGACGAACGGUGCCUGGACCCGGGCCAUGGCGUCACCCUUUUCCCCGAAGAAAGACGAGCCACUUCGCAGCGAAAAGGCUGUUCCUACGGUGCCAUUCAGAGUCCUCGACGCUCCCAAUCUCAAGGACGACUAUUACUGCUCCAUUCUCGCCUAUAGCUAUACUUGUCACACGCUGGCGGUGGCACUGGGCCAAAAGGUCUAUCUAUGGACAGAGCAAUACGGCGUGCGAUACCCUCCACUGACCCCGGUACGAUUAACCAACUUCGUGACUUCUUUAGCAUUCUCAUCUGAGAGUGGGGGCAAAGCCAUUCUGGCAGUCGCCCGCAAUAGCGGUAGCGUCACGCUAUGGAGCUUGCUGGAACCAAAACCACGAUUUGAUGCGCCUCACUCAUGUGCAGCGUCUUGUGUUGCCUUCAAGCCAGUGGAGACGAGACGACCGGACAUUACUAGGACUGGCAUGACCUCUUGUGAGGACUUGCUCGUUGGCGACGACUCUGGCAAGAUAUAUUACUAUUCGGUGCAGUGGCCAGAAUUCGGGGCAGGGUCAAUGACCUUGUUGGCGAAAAUAGACGCUCACAGCCAGAACAUCUGUGGUCUCUCUUGGUCCCCGGACGGACACCGAUUUGUUUCUGGGGGUAACGACAAUCGAGCGCUCCUGUUCGAUCCAGAGAUCUUUCUUUAUACAGCUGUCCAAAGAUCUUUCUCUCAAGACGUUGUUGAGCAUGCUGCUGCCCCGGGCCAGAAUGAGACUGGUGUACUGGUGACGCCGCCCGUGUCGCCGGAAAGGUCCGGAGCCAUAGGUCCAGGAGGAGCUACGGAGGCCGGUAUACAGCCACCUUCGAUACAGCAUCUGGGACUCCAAACACCUCCGCCGAGCCCUGCUCGCCGUGGACGGGAGGCGGCGCGAGCUCCACGGCCAAAUCGAUGGAUCUUCGAAGACCAAAACCUUCUUCCCCGUCAACAGUCGGUAUUGCGAAAUGCCUUGGCCAAUCCCAGUAUCCCAGGUCAAGUCAAUGUACACAUUCAUGCAUUCUACCAUUCCGCAGCUGUCAAAGCAAUUGCAUUUGCUCCGUGGCAGCCAAACCUGUUAGCCACCGGAGGAGGAAGUAAUGAUCGGCAGAUUCAUUUCUUUCACAUCGGAUCGGGAGCUACUUUGACGCUCAUCAAUGUCUUCUCACAAGUCACCAGCCUGGUUUGGAGCACUACGAGGCGGGAAAUCGUGGCAACGUUCGGAUAUUCGCAACCUGAGCACGAGAUCAGGAUUGCCGUAUUCAGCUGGCCAAGCUGUGAAUGCGUGGUGAGCAUCCCGUGGGAGCGAAAGCAAAAUGGCGAGAUUGGUCGCGCUUUGUGGGCGAUCCCCUACCCAGGUGGACCAAACGAUGCCAUUCCAACCAGAAGACAAUCUCGGUCCAACGAGGGGUUUGCUGCAUGGGAAGCGGUUCGACGAAGAGAAGCAGAGCGCAGACGAGGCAUCGCAACUACAAUGGACACUCCUGCUCCUCGACUACAGCGCAGUCCAGCACCUAGCCCGGACCGAACGGCAGUGCUAACCACACCGACGAGGCGAUCGCGACUAUCCCCUUGGAGCCGACCACGCGACAGCGGUCACCGAAGCCAGCUCCGCGGCGAAGGUGAGCCCUGGGCAAGUCGCACCCAGCAGGAAGGGAGUCUCAUCAUCGCCUGCUGCGACCAAACCGUCAAGUUCUUUGAAAUCUGGGCGGGGAAAAGUAAGGGCAAGAAGAGUGGCGGCUUGGGGAAUCGGCCCGGUGUGCUCGGUGGCAGUCGGGUGCUUGAAGGGUGGUGUGACUAUGUAGACGUGGAUGAGAUUGGCAAUGGGGAGGAGGUCAUCCGGUAG